AUGCCUCCCAAUCCUUCAACCAAGACUCGGAAAUUUUACCUCCGGGCGCCCGACCUGGAAUUCCGCCUUAACGGGCCUAUCAAGAUUGGCAACAUCUUGACCGAUCUCAGUCUACCCCAGGAUCCGAUCUCCUUCCUAGACCCUUUACCCAACAUCAUCUCUGGGUCAGGUUAUAGUAAAGGUAGAACAGAGAGCGAGCAUCAUUCUUCUGUCCACGCGGGGCUGUCUGCGAAAUUAUACGAUGUAUUUGGCGGACAGGCGGAAGCGAAGCGGAGCAGCUCUGUCAAGACUAUAUACGAAUUUAAAGAGUUGGAGGCGCUGUAUCUAGAGAAAACUCCGACGGUGAAGGAGAUGAAGGCAUUGAGGGAGAGGGAUGCUGAGGUGAAGAGUGCGUUGAAGAAUAAGCCGGUGUAUAUCGUCACGGGAUUGAAGAUUGCGAAAGGGCUCAAAUAUACCAAUAAACGAGCGAGUGAGCGCAGUGCGGAAUUAAGUGGAGGAGCACACGUUACCGAGGACGUCACACUUGGAGCGAACGCGAAUGGCGAGCAAGAUGGAGAAACGACAGUACUUGGAGAUUGUAUCCUCGCGUACCGAUUACACAUCGUCAAAAAGGAAGGCUGGUCAUGGCGGGGCGAAGUUGACUUAAAUGCAAAAAGUUACCUGCCCGGUGAUGCAGGAUUUAUGAACCAAAAAGACGAGGUAGAUGAUUUCAAGGUAGCGACAGAAGAAGUACAGCCAAAAGACGUUGCAUUCUUUGCUAAAGAGCAGGAAUUCUCAGGGUUAAAGUAUGUAGAUUUUGCGGACGAAGAGGAGGAAUAG